GGGGGGGCUUUCUUGGCUGUUGGCUACACUGAUGUGACCCCCCCCUUCUCCCCUUUCCGGAACGAUGGGGAUCUUUCUGGCAUACGUUGGAUUUGUUUUCUUUUCCGUUUUGUAUGUGCAACAAGGGCUGUCUUCUCAAGCCAAAUUUACCGAGUUCCCGCGGAACGUGACGGCGACCGAGGGCCAGAAUGUGGAGAUGUCCUGCGCCUUCCAGAGUGGCUCCGCCUCGGUGUACCUGGAGAUCCAGUGGUGGUUCCUGCGGGGCCCCGAGGACCUGGAGCCCGGGGCCGAGGUGGCCGGUGCGCAGGUGGAGCUGGUGCCCGACCGAGACCCUGACAACGACGGGACCAAGAUCAGUACAGUGAAAGUCCAAGGCAAUGACAUCUCUCACAAGCUUCAGAUUUCCAAAGUGAGGAAAAAGGAUGAAGGCUUAUAUGAAUGCAGGGUGACAGAUGCCAAUUACGGAGAGCUACAGGAACACAAAGCCCAGGCCUACCUGAAAGUCAAUGCCAACAGCCACGCCAGGAGGAUGCAGGCCUUCGAAGCCUCGCCCAUGUGGCUGCAAGAUAUGAAGCCUCGCAAGAAUGUCUCAGCAGCCAUUCCCAGCAGCAUCCACAGCUCUGCCAACCAGCGAAUGCACUCCACCUCCAGCCCUCAAGCGGUAGCCAAAAUUCCCAAACAAAGUCCACAAUCAGUAUUGAGAUGGACUUUUGUGAAACUGUUCUCUUCACUCGUGAUCAACAGCUGGCGCUUUUAAGAAAACUGGCCGUGGUUAAGGGGUGGUUAUGUUUCUACGUGUGGAGUCUCUAGUCACUCGGCAGGGAUGCUGAUUCUCUGAACUCCAAAAUAUGAUUAUUGUGUUUUCACCAUGAGGUGAACCUGAGCAUUGAGAGGCAGCUGUUGCUACAGCUGGUAGAAGCCAAGAGCUCCCCGAAGCUCCUCUGCUGCUGAUAACCAUGGCUGCUUUCCAAAAGUGGCCAGAUUUAGCAAGAAUGGUCCUGAAACAGAAUUCAAAGCUGGUAGGGGGAGGCAGAUGAGGGGCUGAGGGUCUUGCAGGAGAUUGUUUUCCUCAUUUAAAAAAAAGAGGAAAUGAUGUGUUACAUCUAGGUAGAGAGCCAAUAACAUAAUUUAGACCUUAAUGUUGAUUUUGGUUUAAAUGAUCCAACUUGGCUGCUUACACAGGUUAAAUUAAUUUGAUCAUUGUAAUUCUAUCAGCUAAAUGGCUGCUAUGUAAAUCAAGUGUCUAUGAAUAAGAUGAAAAAUAGAUUUGAGGCAGUGCUUUAGAUAAUACAGGCCACGGAAUCCGUUAGAGCUGUGUUUGAACCGGAAUUAAGUAGAUUAAAAGUCUAUACUGGCUAAAUUCACUCAUAAACCAUAUUUAACUCAUUGAAAUUCAGUAACUAGCCGAGUCUAUAAAACCAAUGCCCAGCUAUAUGUUGGAAGGGCUUUUCUGUGCACGACUGGCUACAUUAGGGUUCACGUGUGAUUUCCAGGAGCUCUGUAAUUGAGGAGACAUAAAGCAGAAUUGCCAAUGUUGCAAGCUCUUAUCUCUAAAGAUUGCAUGAUCCUCGAGAUUUCAGGAAGCUGCCAGGGGAGCUGCUAUGUGGAUAGAUGACCAAAGGUUUGAGAAGUUGCUGGAAAGACUUAAUUUUGUGGGUCAGAGUAACACAUUUUCUAGAAAAGACAAGGGUCCCUUCUCCCAAGAAACACUGCUGCCACCUAUAGCCUAACACGGAGCAUUCAUUUCAGCUGCAAGGGGGCAAUGGACACGGAAACAAGGGAAGAAGGAAGGCCCUUCCCAUGUCAUCUCCAUCACUCACACAGCUGGGCAUAUCUCCCUUUCCUCAUCUGUUAAAUGGGAACUGUGGUAUAAAUUUCACCAAGUUUUGAGGAUUAAAUGAAAUCAUAUACAAAGAGAGCUUGGCAUUGAUCAGGCCCUCAAUAAAUGAUAACCAGCUGCUGUAUUAAUAUGUUAAAUGUUGCAUAUGCUUUUUUAUUAUUCUGAUUAUUAUUGGGAGCAAUGAGGUGCUGAGAGGAAAUGAUCUAAGCCACCUGGCUCUGCUGUGGUGAAUAUUUUCCUUACUGGGUGUGUGUAGGUGAGGGGUUAAAGAAGACUGAGUCUUCAUUCCUGACUUAUGUUUUAUCAUGUAAUUUCAUGAUACUUGAAAAAUCUUGAUAAAGUAUCAAGAUACUUGAUACUUUGAAAUUUCAUGAUACUUGAAUUUCAUGAUACAUGGACUUUCUUUUUUACUUCUGUCACAAUACCAUUAACUUAUGAUAAAUAUUCCCCUAUAUAAUGAUACUAAAUAUAUUAGCCACGAGCUGUCUUGCCCAAGGUCAUAACUAGAUCUUUACUGUAAAGCAUAAUAAAAAUUCCAAAGGGUUGUUAAGAGUUUGAACUCUGUGGCCUGAACAAAUAACAUGUUUUUGGAAACCACAGUUAUGCAUGCUGGCUGCUAACAUAAUUAAAUUCAAGCUUUCAAAAAAGACCCUCGGAAUUUUUAAAAUCAUACAAUAAUUAUAGAUACAUCUGAAAACAAACAAGUGAGAAGAGUUAAAAGCUUAAAAAAGAGAGAAAAAUAAAAUGGAUUUAGAACCCAAAAAACCCUUUGCUUAUUUGUUGAGUUAGCUGUGUACAAAAUAUCUCUGAACCUCAAGAGCCAUUAUUCAUAAAACAGAUAUUAACACAUAGGCCCUAAAGGCCAUUUUCAGCAUUAAGAGACAUGAUGUAUUUUAAAUAUCUAUCAGAGUAAACUUGGCACUAGAGUAAGUUCAGCAAUGGUUGGUUGCUUCUUUUUUUACCUAAUGGACUUUAAAGCAUAUUAUUAAAUAACUACGAUUUAAAAGGGUAAUAAAGUAACAUAAAUAUGAAUAGAGAUGAAAGAAAAUAAGAAGAAGCCUGGAAAGCUCUAAAAUUACAUAAAAUAUUAUAAUAUCUGGUGAGCUGAAAAUAUAAGAAUUAAGGAGGGAUUUAUUUGAUUAAUAAGUGACAAAAGGAAACAUUAUAAUUUACGAUAUAUGUCCAAAUGAACUCAAAUUAAUUAAAGAGCUAAGCAGAAAAGCAAAAUCAGAUACAGACAGAUCAGCAUAAAAUCAGAAGCCUGAGGCUUUGAAGAUUUAAAGUUACAAAAUAUACAAGUGAAAAUAACAUCUUACUAUAAGUAAUUUAUAAUAUUUGUUUAAUUAAAUCCAAUUUAAGUAAAAAGUGGUAACAGUAGACAAGGAUAUAUAUGUGUUUAAUACUUAGGAAAAGAAGAAAAUAAUCUCAGGUUUAUAUAUGUUAUGAUUAUGUAAUCCAUUCCAAAUGAUUUGGAGAUAUCGAAAUAAACUUAAAUCAAUUCUCUAUUUGACAGCAAAACCCAAAUAGAAAAUAUUUGGGGCAUAAUAUAUAAUUUUCAAUAGUAACAACAACAAAAACUAUAAAUUAUCUAGUUUUUUAGAAACCAUAACAAGCAGUCUAAAUAUGAAGACCAUUAGAACACUUUGUUCAGAGAGUUUAAGUUAGACUAAAUGAAUGAAUAUGUAUGUUUUUGGAUGGACAAUCUCAAUUUUAAAUAUGUCAGAUUUUUCAGAAGUGUUUAUAGACUUGAUGCAGUCUCAGUCAAAACCCUACUCUUUUUUUAAAAAAACUUGACACCUAUAAUUUUGGCAAAGAUUUUUAGAAUCCGUGUUUAUCAUCAAGGUUACAGUGACUCAGGCAUUUUGCUAUAUGAUGACUUGCACGGUGAAUUGGUACUUCCCUUCUGGAGGAAAAUUUAUCUGGAGGGAUCAGUCACAGGGCUUUAAAUUGUGUGGCUUCUCCUGCCUGAAGACAUGCUCCUGAGAGGAAAUUCCCAAAAGAUCAGUAGUAAAGCAGGCCCAAACCCAUGAGACCCAGGGACAUUUCUCACAGAGGCCUUCCCAAAAUUGCAAAUGCCCAAAUGACCAAAAGUAAGGAAGUUGCCUAAUGAAUGUGUUAAAAUGUAAAACCAUGCAAUGAAUAUUACAUAGCUUCUAAAAUUAAGUUUUAGUGAAAUUAGAUAAGAUUCAAUAUAUAAAAGAAUGAAAAACAGAGAGUACAAAACAGUAUUUUUAAAUCAACCUGAGAUACUUCCAUAGAAAAAUGAUAAAUAUACGAAAAUGUACAUCAACAAUCAAUGUUAUGAUUUUUAACUAUUUGAUUAUUUUAUGUGUAUAAUUAACAUUUAUACAAUGUUAAUUUAUUACUUUUGUUAUAUGGAAAAAAACACAUUAUUUACAAUUUCCCAGAUUUAACCAUAGGCCAAUGACAGGGGCUCCUGGGUGGCUCAGUCAAUUAAGCAUCUAACUCUUGAUUUCAGCUCAGGUCAUGAUCUCGAGGUUGUCAAACCAAACCCUGCAUUGGGCUCUAUGCUCAGUGGACAGUCUGC